CACUGCUCGGGGUUUGUUCAUUGAUUUUGCCUUCUCUGUUUCCUCUCUCUCCAGUUUUGUCUUCCUGCAGCUUUACCAUUCUCCCUUCUUUGGCAACGAGGCCAACAAGCCCCUUCUGUUACCCAAAUCUCAGUUGAUAGACAGGGCGGUGAAGGUGCUGGAUCAGAUGCCCCCCUAUGACACCCAUAAGAUCGGUGUGGUGUUUGUGGGAGCAGGCCAGGUGAAUAAUGAGGUGGCCAUCCUGUCCAAUGAGUAUGGCUCCAACCGCUACGCUCACUUCCUGACAGGCCUGGGGAAACUCAUCCAUCUCAAAGACUGUGACCCUGAUCAGAUCUUUCUGGGUGGCCUGGACCAGUAUGGGGAUGACGGGGAGUUUACUUACUGUUGGCAUGACGACAUCAUGCAGGCCAUCUUCCACAUCGCCACGCUCAUGCCCAACAGGGAGUCGGAUAAAGGCUGCUGCAACAAGAAGAGACACAUUGGGAAUGAUUUUGUGGUCGUGGUCUACAACGAUUCCUCUGAGGAGUACAAGUUGGGCACCAUCAAGGGCCAGUUUAACUUUGUAGAGGUCGUCAUCAAGCCCCUGGACUACGACAGCAACCUGGUCACGCUGCAGUGUCGUAAAGAUCUGGAGGGCUUGGUGGACACCAGUGUGGCAAAGAUCGUAUCAGACCGGAAUCUUCCGCUGCUCGUGCGGCAAAUGGCCUUGCAUGCUAACAUGGCAUCUUUAGUGCACCAGUACAGAGCCAACCCCUCCGACGCCUACGCCUCCAAGUGGCUGGCCAGGCUACGGCACAUCAAACGGAUCCGCACUCGGGCCCAGGAGGAGAUCCAGUCUCGGCCCACCCCAGGGAUCUCCCUCACCCAAAGCCACGCCUCUAUGCUGAAGAACGUCCACCAGCAGGGGGGCUCUGGCCAAUCGGACUCAGGGCAGCGGAAGAGGCUGGUGUCCACCGUGGAUGACUUCACAGACUUUGUGUGAGCAUUUAUGAGCUCAUCUAAAUAAGCCUGUUUUUUUUUUUCAGACAGAAAUUCUAAUCCUGCUUUCUGCAGCUCUAUACAUUAUGCACACAUAACUGCCACACCCACUUUCUCACUGCCUACGAGUUGCUCAUCUAUAUAUCAGAGUUGGUGAUCUUUCUGCCCUCUUUCAGACAUCAUCAUCUCUUUCACACACACACACACACACACACACACACACACACACACACACUCUCAGCCAUGCUGUGCUCAGCUGAUUACAGCCUCUUUGCCAAACCUUGUGUGUGUAAAAGGGAGAUCAUAUUGCUGGCUCAGAAGUUGCACAGAAGAAUGGUCAAGGAGACACAUGCUAGAAGUCUCCAGAAUCACAGAUAUAUUUGCCAAUUCUUGCCAAACACUACCCCCAAACACCCCCCCCCAAACCCCACCC